GUGGCCUUGUCCCUGACUGCAAAGCGGAUGGCCAAGAAGAACUGCCUGGUGAAGAACCUGGAGGCGGUGGAGACGCUGGGAUCCACCUCCAUCAUCUUCGACAAGACGGGGACUCUGACCCAGAACAGGAUGACCGUGGCCCACCUGUGGUUCGACAACCAGGUCUUUGUGGCGGACACUAGUGAAGCCCAUUCGAAUCAAGCCUUCGACCAAAGCUCUGCAACCUGGGCCUCCUUGUCGAAGAUAAUAACACUGUGCAACCGAGCUGAGUUCAGACCCGGCCAGGAGAGCGUCCCCGUCAUGAAGAAAGUUGUGGUUGGAGACGCCUCAGAGUCGGCUCUUCUGAAAUUCUCAGAGGUGAUUUUGGGUGAUGUGAUGGAAGUUAGAGAAAGAAACCGCAAAGUAGCUGAAAUCCCUUUCAACUCAACCAACAAAUUUCAGGUGAGUUUUCCUCACACCUGAAUCGCUAUCAACACC